GCCUACGAGGGGUCGAUCUCGCGGCAUUAAACAAACAUCUAGCCGUAAAAUUCAGCGCUUAUUGUGAUGCAGUGCAGUUCAUUAAGGUUAGAUUAUUAUGAGCACUGUAAAAGAUUAAAACUAAACCAAUUCUUGCAAGUUGUGCUCUCUAUAUGAAAUUCGUAAUCAGUUUAGUCGAUUCUGGGAAGCCAGAUAUGGAUAAAAAUACUUGCCUUUCUUUUAUCAAGCGAAAAGCGAAAAAAGAAUGUCGGGAUUUUUUUAUGGAGUACGAAACACCAAAAGUUGUCAAGGUUUACGAUCUUAAACUUGGACUGAUUAACAGAGGUCUGCAGUUGGCGGUGCUUGGAUAUAUCAUUGGGAGCAUUUUCAUUAUAAAUAAGGGCUAUCAAGCGAGUGAAAAAGGCGAGCACAAUACGGUGGCCAAGGUGAAAGGAAUGAUCAAAACAAACACUCCGCGGCAAAGUGCAUCCAACAAGAUAUGGGAUGCAGCCGAUCUUGUGAUACCGGCGGUGGAAAAUAACGCCUUGUUCAUUGCAACAAACGUUAUCCAGACGCCUAAUCAGCGGAAUGGACGCUGUCCAGAGGAUAUUUAUUUAAAGAGUGCCCGCUGUUCAGCUGAUUCGCAUUGUCCUGCCGGGGAGCCGCUGCUCCUAGGAAACGGAUUUCGAACUGGACGAUGCAUUCAGGGAACGGGAACGUGCGAAAUCGAGGGGUGGUGUCCAGCUGAACAGGACAAAGCACCGGAUCCACCCAUGUUCAUGGAAGUGGCCAAUUUCACCAUUCUUGUCAAAAAUUAUGUUGUGUUUCCUAAAGCCGACGUUCGCCGCAGAAACAUUUUAGAAAGCCAUAGCAAAGAAGACUUGGCUUCGUGCCGGUACCACGAGAAAAACGAUCCGUACUGUCCGAUUUUUGGCGUGCAAUAUAUUGUGGAAAAAGCCGGCGCAAAUUUUGUAGACGUUGCAAGCACGGGCGGAAUAAUUGCAUUUAUUAUCAAAUGGGAAUGCAAUCUUGAUCGGGAUGUGCAACACUGUAAACCCCAGUACGAAUUCCGAAGAAUGGAUUCCAAAGAUGAGAAAAUUGCCAAAGGUUGGAGUUUUCGCAAUGCCGACUACUGGAAUGACCCCCAGGAUGGGACACGCAAAAGGAGUUUAUACAAGUUUUACGGAAUACGAUUUGUAUUCAUGGUAUACAGCGAAGCUGGGAAAUUCGAUGCUGAAACAUUUGCCUUAAAUGUCGGUUCCGCUGUGGGCUUACUUGGACUGACGACAAUCGUAUGUGAUUUUGUAACACUAUUUUUCAUGCGGAAAAAAAUGAAGACAUUACGGGAAAAGAAGAUUGACCGCAUUCGUGAUGCAGGACGUAUACCACCACAAGCUGGCUUGAAUCCAGACGAUUUACUAAAGGAAGCUUACCCAGAUAUUGCGGACACCGCGCUAGCUUCCUCAGAUGAUGAGUUAACUGAGGAUGGUCACCUACCCAACCACGAACCUGGUGAAUUAGAAAAACUAUCCCCGAAACAUGAGCAAAAGGUGCUUGAAACAAGUCUUUAGAAGUUUUAAUACACCCCCUGAUGUUUUCCUUGCUUGUGAUCUCUGCCUAUCCAAAGAAUCUUGUCUUAGUUAAUCUUAUAUGACGAAAAAAACUACUGUAUUUAAACAUACUGGCAAACAUACCGGAACCAACUUCCUCAAAGAUUAUCUGUAAUUUAUACGCCUUUCUUUUAAUGAUUGCGGUCAACAUCACAAACCAAUA